AACAGCAAGAACAACAGCAGCAACAGGAGCUGCAACAGGAGCUGCAACAGGAGCAUGAGGACAAGGAGCGGACGAUGCCACCGCUGGCGCUCGUUCAACCGCGAGUGUCGAGCCAGCCCGGCGGUACCACCGUUGCCGCCGCCGCCACCACCAUGGCUCCCAUCGCCAGCACCGCCGCUCAGAUCUUUCACAUCCAGGCCGUGGGGCAGGACCAACCUCAGCAGUUCAUCCUGUGCACCACAGGCACAGGCACCAGCGCGAUCCGCAUCCUAUCGCAGCGCCAGCCUCCUCCGCUCGGGCCCGUGUCCACCAUCCGGUUGGUGCCGGGCAUUGGUCUUACCAACGGGCAGAGGGUCGUGCUGACCGGUGAAACGGCGCAGCAGCAGCUGCAGCAGCAGCAAGCAGCGGUGGUGACAGGACGACCCGGGAACGUUCGCAGGUCGGCCGGCAACAAGCACUUGAAGAGGCUGGCGAAGAUCAAGACGCGUUCCGGUCGCAUCUCGCGCCCGCCGCUGCACAAGAUCAAGGACUACAAGUUCAUCAGGAUGGAGGACCUCGCCGACGGGCACCAGUCGGACUCAGACGACUACUCGGACUACAGCGUGGAGGAGGGUGGUGGCGAGGAGGAGCGCAAGGCCAAGGUGGGCGAGACCCAGGAGGAGCGACUCCACGGGCCGCUCACCUUCACCGUCAAGCCCAAGAACUUCCUCUGCCAGAACUGCGACAAGUCGUACAUCGGGCGCGGCGGGCUGGCGCGCCACUACCGGCUGAACCCGACGCACGGAAGAUUGGAGCCGCUGGCGGACGAGCAGGACAAUGCCGUUGCCGCCACGGCUUGCGAUGAAGACGGGGGUGGUGGUGGCGGUGAUGAUGGGGACGGUGGCGGUGGUGGCGGUGAUGGUGGUGAGAUGAUGGGGGAGGCAGCGUCACUGUCUGCACCGGUGGAGGUACUGGCGGACAAGGGUCCGGCGAGUGUCGCCGAUGCGGGAAGUUUGACGGAGUCGGAAUUCAUCGCCGCGUCUGACUUUGUGCAAGCGGAGCAGCCGUCUGUUUCUGAGCUGCAGCAGCAACAGCAGCGGCAGGAGCCGUCGCCUGUCGGAGCCGUGGCCCCCGUGCCCUCCUCCCGUCGCCCCGGAAGGCCUCCCAAGAACCCGGGCGGGCCUUCCGUUCAGGAGCAGCAGCUGCAGAAGAAGAAGACGCAGCUUAGAGAGCAGCUGCUGAAGGGGUGCGAUGACGAGGAACUCUUGGAGCUGGUGCUGCCGCGUCUCACCCGCAUCCUUACGCUCUGGCAAUUCCUGCUUAAGAAGGUGGAGAAGGGCCGGUCGGAGCGACCGUGCCUCCCGGACGUCUACCGCGAGUUCGAGACCCUGCACCGGCACGUGAAGACAAUGGCAGAGGAGCACUUCAGCAGCCCGCCGUGCCAGCCGCCGCAGCCGCCGCUGCAGAUCAAUAACACGCAGGUGGCCCAAUCGUUGGGGUUGGGCCCAGAGUUGCUAGGACUCGACGAGAACUCCGCAGUGGGCCCACCACUCGACUCCUCAACGCUCCGCUACGAAUUCGUGCUGGUUGACCCGGCGCGCAUCGACCUGACCUCGAGCCUCAAGCGUCACUCCCAGGAGGAGGCAGAGGGCGAGCCGAAUGGAAAGAGACCUCGCGUUGAGGAUGAGAUGGGAGACGAAGUACUGUCCGUGCCGGGAGAUGCGUCCGGUGAUGCAGCUGACCAGCAGAUGACGCCAGCAGACGACGGUGCCCUGCAGCAGCUCAUGGCCAGCACUGUUCCGUCACCCACCGUGGAUCAGCAGCACGACACGCUCCACUCGGUGUAUUACCAGAUCUCCACAGAUUCCAACUCGGAACAGCUGACCGGCUUGCAGGACACUCAGCAGCAGCAGCAGCAGCAGCAUGGAGAACAGAGCUCCGUGUUCUACCAGCUGCCGGGGGAAAGAGAAACGGCCGAUUCCGACACGGUGGACUCGUGCGGCGCCACCCUGUCGCGGCAAAUCGUCUCCAGGACAGGUUUGGGCGACGGAGAACCCAGCCCCGGGCGCAUCAAAGCUCCGUGCUUCGGUGAGGACGACUUGGUGACGAUGGGUGACCUUGAGAGCGAGAAGCUGCUCGGCGGAAACGGUCACGGCGGGGGGGACGGCGGGUUAGCGGGGAGCGACGGGUUAGCGGGGAGCGACGGGUUAGCGGGGAGCGACGGGUUAGCGGGGAGCGACGGGUUAGCGGGGAGCGACGGGUUAGCGGGGAGCGACGGGUUAGCGGGGAGCGACGGGUUAGCGGGGAGCGACGGGUUAGCGGGGAGCGACGGGUUAGCGGGGAGCGACGGGUUAGCGGGGAGCGACACGCACGAAGUGGCCCACAUCAUUCACGCGCCCAGCUUCGGCGACGAAGACCUGGGAGAAGAAACCCGGUCUCGCGACUCGGCCGGGAUGAGAGCGGUGGCAGACGCGCCCGACAGUCGGCCUCCCCACCCUCCUCCUCCUCCUCCGCCUCUUCAAGGCAACGACGGCGAGACGCCGGCGCUAAUACCCAGCCACGCUCUGCCGACGAACGGCGGCUCCUUGUCGCAUGUGGCACCGCCGGACGAAGCGAUGGACGAACGCGCCAGCGGCGGCGGUGUUGGCGGCACCGUCGCGGACGUGCCAGUCGCCCCGGGCUGCGCGCGCCCCUCGAGCGGCGGCGCCGUGCCGAACGGCGCCGGCGACGCGCCGACGGUGGGUGAGGGUGGGGACGGCGAGACCGGGGAGCUUCGCGACGGCGGGGCACUUGCGCUGUGCGGCGCGUCGUAUCUUCGCGGCCCCGAGGGGCCCGACACUGCCGUGGCGCCGGGCCGGCCAGACGGAUGUACCGAGCGGCUGCCGCUGGAGACCGUUCAGGCGCUGCUCACGAUGGAGGCGUCCCUGGAAGCGCAGCCGGCGGAAACGCAGCUGUGCGGAGAAUAG